CGGCCUGCGCCGCACCCAAAUCGCGUCGCGUUGGAAGAGAGAGAGAGAGAGAGAGAGAGAGAGAGAGAGCUAACACAAAUCUCCUCGUCACCUUGCUCGCCUCGCCCCGCCCCGCCCCUCGCCGUCGUCCGCCGCUUCCCUCGCCGCGAGGCAGGGGGUGCGACGGCCGACCGGCCGGCCGUUGAAACCCUAGCGGCAGGAGGAGACGUAGAUCUCGCGGCGGCGACCGGAUCCGUGGGGGGGAGGGGGCCGGGCGCCCGGGCGCUCCCGCGGAAUGGCGGCGCUCGGGGAGCUCGAGGAGAAGCUGAGGGACGUCGGGGAGAAGCUUCUGGCGCCGCCCGACGACGUCGAUGCCCUGCUCAAGCUCAUCCAUGAGGCCGAAGGAUACAUAUUGAAAGUGGAACAAGCUCCUCUUGAAAGCACUGUUAGUGCUAUGACCCCGGCAAUGACUGCUUUGGUCAAGAAAGAGCUGUUGGAUCAUUCUAGUUAUGAAGUGAAGCUUUCUGUGGUUUCCUGUAUAUCUGAGAUAACUAGGAUCACUGCACCUGAGACUCCAUAUGACGAUAAUGUGAUGAAGGACGUGUUUUCCAUAAUGGUGGGGUCUUUUGAGAAACUGGAUGAUAUGGAGAGCCCCUUGUUUGGAAGGAUAGUUUCAAUUCUUGAAACUGUGGCUAAGGUCCGCUUAUGUGUGGUAAUGUUGGAUCUUGAUUGUGAAGAUCUGAUACGACAAAUGUUUCACAGCUUCUUCACAACUGUGAAACCAAACCACUCAGAAAAAGUUAUAACCUGUAUGACUACAAUAAUGAAUUUGGUAAUAGAAGAGGAUGACGAAGUUGAAACACCCAUUGCAGAAUGUCUGCUGAAGCAUGCUAAGUCCGAGCUGAAGGAAAAUUCUGCUGCAUCUUUUGAACUUGCAGAGAAGGUGAUAGGUGCAUGCUCUGAAAAACUGAAACCAGUCUUUCUGCAACUACUUCAAGGCACUUCCUUCAAUGAAUACAGCGAUAUUAUUGCAACAAUUUGUGAAGAUGGUUCAGAUGUCAAGGAAGACAUGGAUGCUGAUCCUUCUGGGAAAGAUAUGGUGGACGAUGGCAAACUUUCUGAAAGGACUAUUUCUGAUGAGCUACCUCAGGAACGUUCAAAGUUGGAGCAAGAUGUUAGCCAUGACCAAGAUGUUACUCAGACUACUACUAUUGGCAAUGGUGCAACUCCACUUGAUAAUGGUAUAGAAGCUGCAGCUGCUAAUCUUAAGGAAUUAUCCAAUCUGGAUACAGAGAAAAAAGAUGGUGUUAAGCAGUCAUCAAAGGUAGCUAAUGGAGCUGCCGAGGAAACACCAAAACGUGUUGAAGGCAAACCAGGUGUGGUCAAAGCAAGGCGAGGUCGACCUCCUGGACUAAAGUCAUUGGAGAAGAAGGCUGCUGGAAAGAAAGUCCUGGGUUUGAAGAAGGUUGAGGAGGCUACUGAUUCAGCAGGGAAGUUAACAAAGCAGUCCUCCAAGGAUGACACCAAGACUUCUACAGGAAAGGCAAGUGGAGGAGGGUCAUCAAAAAAGCAACAAAAGACCAGUUUGAAACAGCAGAAGGAUGAAGCUGACUCCAAGGAAGAUACUACUAAGGAUCUGAGCCUAAAGGAAAUGGCCUCCCCAAAGUCCGUGUCCAAGGGGUCAGCUAGAAACAAGGGCAGCCAAGGCCAGGAGAAUAUUGGCUCCAAGAGGAAACGUUCACAAGAUGAUGAACUAGAGAUUCCUCGUUCUAGGAAAAAUAAAGGCCUCGAUGCUGGCAUUGUUGGUUCAAGGAUCCAAGUUUGGUGGCCAGACGAUGAGAAGUUUUACAAGGGCGUUAUUGACUCAUUUGAUACUGCUUCAAAAAGGCACAAGAUUGCAUACGAUGAUGGAGAUGUUGAAGUGUUACUGCUUAGGGAAGAAAAGUGGGAUUUCGUCAGUGAGGAACAAGAUAAAACCCCUGAUGUGGCGUCUGAGAUUUCCCCUAAGCCACGGGGUAGGGGCAGAAAAGGAAGACAGAACUUGUUGCAACUGAAGGAAGGAAAUGCAGAGACACCUAAAAGUGGUGGGGGUGAUCUUCCCAAAAGAAGGGGUCGUCCAAAAGGUUCCAGCAAUGGAACACCCAAAAGUAACAUCUCUGCAACUUCAAGCAAGUCAAAGGGGAAAGCUGCAAGGAAGGAUGCCAAUGAGACACCUAAGAUUGGUAGUGACCUUAAGGAGGCUGAGAAAGGAUCUGAAGACAAAGCCGCUCAAUCAGCUGAGAAGACACAGGAUGAUCUGCCUGAGGAUGGUAGCAGCAAGAGUGCCAGCAAAGCAAAGGAGGUUAGCAGCGGAGGCAAGGAUUUGAAGGAUCAGAGCAAGUCCAGUGAAGGAAAAUCCAAGCCAGGUCGGAAGCCAAAGGUUGCCGCUGCUCCGGCGGCCGGUGAGGAAUCCAAGGCCAAUGCCUCAGCUGAGAAAGAGAAGCGGAAGGAGACCGAAGGCGAGGCAGCAACUGAAGUGGAGCAGGGAGGAUCCGCUGGUGGUGCAUCUACUGCAGGAAAGAAGCGCAGAAGGAAGGCUUGAAGUUACUCGCUAACUUCUCUUGUAAAUGGAUUCGCUCUUAGACUCAAAAAAGGUUCGCUUAGUCGUAAAAGGUGUUAAAACAUUGCACCGUGUGUGGUUGUAACUCCUUGGGUCGGUUGUCUAUUGGAUUGCCAGCUGAUUGGGCAUGUAGCAGAUUUAACUAGGGGGUUGUAGACAACAACAAACAAAAAAAUGCUUUAGCUGUAAUGUUAGGCGCAGGUGCGCAACUUUUAAUGGUUGGUUAAACCCCAUGCUUGCCAAGAGGCCAAUGACAUCAUAGUUGUGCCGGAUGGUGUUAUAGCUAGCCUGCUGAUGUCUUUAUUUAUUUAGGCCAUUUGAGCAAAUGAGUUUUGUAGCUGAUGUGCCGGAUUGACAGCCCCGCCUGGCACAAUUAAGAAAUGUUGUUUCAGA